CUCCCAGCUAGGUCCUCUUCGAUAACUAAGCCUCUCGCUAAUCCACCGCCCAGGUAUAAAUCAAUCAAUUCACCCAGGCUUGUAGUCGAUCUACAUCGUCCACGCAACAAGAACAAGCUGCUAGCUUUCUUCUCUCCUCUCCUCUCUCGGCGCGCGUCUGGCCUUCGUCCCGCGCAACAACGGCGAGUCAAUCAAUGGAGGUGAGGGCCGGCCGGUGCAGUCUCCGUUCCUGCGCGCAGCUGCUCAGUAGGUGCAUGGAUCGCAGCUGUAAGCCUGUAAACAUUGUUGCGUGCAGGGGAAGCAGCAGCAGCGGCGGCCGCCGCGGGCGUCGGUGCCCGCGUUCGGGGGCUGGGAGGGCGGCGGCGGCGCCGCGCCGCCGGACUACUCGCUGGACUUCACCAAGAUCCGCGCCGCGCGGAUGCAGCGGCGGACGAAGGCGCUCUCCUGGUCCAGCUUCGUCGGGAACGCCGCCGCGGCCGCCGAGGCGCCCGGCGGCGGCGACGAGGAGAGGCAUCAUCAGUGGUCCUCGGCGGCAAGCGAGGGAGACGACGACCACCGCGAGCGCCGGCGCCGGCGCCGGCCCCGGCACCGCCGCCUCCGCAGCGACGCCGCCGACCAAACCGACGACCGCCAGCCGAUCCGGCCCGGCCGCGCCCCCGCUCCCAAGCAGGGAGGGGGCAAGUUCAAGGGCUACCUGUUUGGUUGCGUGGGUGGACUAUGGUGAGCCCGACGUGCAACGCCUUGCCCUACCCAAAAAAAUGGAGGAAAAAUGGAGAGCACAAAUGGAUUUGCCGUUCUGAAAAGUGUGUAAAUAUGUGUUUUAAAGGGUUAUUAGUGCUUCGGAUGCAUGCUUUUGCUGAAUUUUUAUGAUCGAGUAAAUGUAAUGUGAUUUGUUCUGUUUUUGUGGAGCAAAAAUGUGAUGAUUUUUUGUUGAAAAGAAAGAAGCAAACUGAAAGAUCACAUCAGCGGAGGCAAAGACCCCAGGGCGUAACUCUCACUCCGUCGAGAAGUUUAGAUGCCAUCUUUGAAUACCUA